GACAUUGCAAAACAGAAAAGUUGACCUAAAGAGCUGCUCUUUCAAGUGCAAGGAAGGACCAACAUUGAUAUAGUGGGCAGUGACCUAUUCAAAGCUGUCUCUUCAUAUUCAAACAAGGCCAACAGUUUCAUAUUCUUUCACUGUCUCUUCAAACACUUGUACCCCCUUGACUGACCACGGCUGUAUAGCACUGUGUGUGUCAGCAUGGAGCAUAGAGCAGCGGUCCAGUACAGAUACCUCCUCAUGCUGCUGAGCAUGUGCCUAAGGACUGUGCAACCACAGCAAAAUAUGCUUCUUCCAGAGGCCAUCCGGCUGCCAGGCGACAUCGUCCUGGGAGGUCUCUUCCCGGUGCAUGCCCGUGGCGAGCCGGGUUCAGGGUCGGCGUGCGGUGAGCUGAGGAAGGGCGAGGGCAUCCAACGUCUCGAGGACAUGCUGUACGCCAUUGACCGGAUCAACAACGACCCAGAGCUACUGCCCAACGUCACGCUGGGUGCUGUCAUUCUGGACACGUGCUCGUGGGACACCUAUGCCGUGAAGCAGUCACUGACCUUCUUGGAGGCACUAAUUGAGACUCCUCGAGACGUGCGCUGCCCCAAUGGCGAAAGGCCAAUCUUCGCCAAGCCGUACAAUAUUGUCGGAGUGAUAGGCGCCGCCGCCAGCUCCGAGUCCAUCACGGUGGCCAAUCUCCUGCGGGUCUUUGAGAUCCCUCAGAUCAGCUAUGCGUCCACGGCUCCUGAGCUGAGUGAUGAUGGGCGGUACGAGUUCUUCUCGCGCGUGGUGCCGUCCGACGCCUUCCAGGCCCGGGCCAUGCUGGACAUCGCGGUGGCGCUGGGCUGGAAAAACGUCUCCACGCUGGCAUCAGAAGGCUCGUACGGGGAGAGUGGCGUGGAAGCCUUCCUGCAGGUCUCACGCAAGUCAGGUGUGGUGCACGUGGCCCAGUCCCAGCGGAUCCCUAGGGAGCCCAGACCUGGGGAGUUUGACAGGCUUGUCUCCCGCCUUCUAGAGACCCCCAGCGCACGUGCAGUCAUUGUGUUUGCUAAUGCGGAUGAUAUCAGGCGUGUCCUGGAAGCUGCAAAGCGCAGCCACCUGACGGAUCACUUCCUGUGGCUGGGCUCUGACAGCUGGGGGGCCAAAAUGUCCCCUGUGCUCAACCAGGAGGACGGGGCCCACGGAGCCAUCACCAUCCUGCCCGAGAAGGCAUCCAUCUCUGCAUUUGACAGGUACUUCAUAAGCCGCCAUUUGCAGAACAAUAGGCGGAAUGUUUGGUUUACUGAAUUCUGGCAGAAAAACUUUGACUGCAAGCUUGCAUUUGGGUAUAGUAACCGGAGGGGUAUUGAUAGUCUAAGGAGAUGCACAGGAUUGGAGAAAAUCGGCAGGGACUCUUCCUAUGAGCAGGAGGGGAAGGUCCAGUUUGUGAUUGACGCGGUGUACGCCAUGGCGCAUGCCCUCCACAAUAUGCAGCAGGACUUGUGCGGCGGAUUGCCACACCUGUGCUCACGGAUGGACCCCGUUGAUGGCAAGACACUCCUCAGCUACAUCCGGGCGGUGAACUUCAGUGGAAGUGCCAGUACCCCUGUGAAGUUCAGCGAGAACGGAGAUGCUCCUGGACGCUACGAGAUCUUCCAGUACCAGUCAUCUGACACCUCAAAGGGGGAAUACAAAGUUAUUGGGCGUUAUACUGACAAAUUGUAUUUGGAUGUCAGCAAGAUUGUCUAGCGUUUAUACAUUAUUUC